AUGAUAGGAGCUAACAUGAUUCCGCUGCCGGCGCAGUUCACCUCCCGGUCGGCCUCUAGUGACCCCACAUCGCCUUCCGGUUUUACAGGGCCACCCUCCUUCAGAGACUCAAUAUACAGCCUUCUCACACGUUCCCCGACCGUGUGCCAGACAGAACAAGCAAUCCCCAAACUAAGUCGUCGCGACUCGAUCUUGAAAAAGCUGGCAGGCCCACGGGAAAACGCGAAGCGCUUUCUUCGCCUUCGGUCGUCUGGAGUCCAGGCGCCUACUCUACGUCCUACCCCGCGCCGCGGUGUGCGACCAGUUUCGGAGAUUAUCUUGUCUCCGUCAGCCCCAUCGAUCGAUUUAGAUUCCGAGAUGCGUUCGGACACUUCCUCCGCCACUGAGGUGAUGCCGAGGUCAUUGGAGGAUCCUGCCACGCCCGAGUUGACCACCCCGUUCGCCCCGUUGCACAACGAGAAGAUUGUCGCCACCGGCAGUGGUAUCUCCGUGGGAAUCGCCCUCACCGAACCGGUUUUAUAUCUGCAAGGCUACGACCAGCAUGACCCGAGCAGUAAAAAGUCCGCGAUCUUGCGUGGUCAGAUCCAUUUGAAGGUCACCAAAACCAUCAAGAUCAAGAAGAUCUCUGUAUGCUUCCGCGGCCAUGCCCAAACUGACUGGCCUGAUGGCAUUCCCCCCAAGAAGAUCCAUUUCCAUGAUAAGAAGGAUCUCUUCACACAUGGUGUGGUUUAUUUCAACCAUGGCGUUACAGCGCUCAUGCAGAAUGAGUACGGCGCGCAUUACUACCAGCACGCCAAACCUAUAUCCGCUGUGCCCGGGAAGGAGGGAGUGACAAUGACAACACGGGAACUGUUCUCCAACCGCAACUCUGCCACUUCACUCGCUGCGCCCACACCUCGAGACACCAAGCGCCUAUCCCUGCAGUACAACCGUGGCCACUCACGCAGUUUCAGCAAGAAUGAGCCCCCGACCACCCAGAACCAACCCCAGCGCAACUACCGCAUGUUCCCCGUGGGCGACUACCUCUACAGCUUCGAGUUCCCAAUUGAUGGCUCGCUACCAGAAUCCAUCAAAACCGACCUCGGAUCCGUGAAGUAUGAUCUCGAGGCAAUGGUGGAACGAUCAGGUGCGUUCCGGCCCAACCUGCUUGGAACCAUGGAAAUCCCAGUGAUUCGCACUCCUGCCGAGGGCUCCCUGGAACAGGUCGAGCCGAUUGCGAUCUCGCGGAAUUGGGAAGAUCAGCUUCACUACGACAUCGUGAUCUCGGGAAAGUCAUUCCCCUUGGGCUCUCAGAUCCCAAUUGCGUUCAAGUUGACGCCUCUGGCAAAAGUGGAAUGUCACCGGAUCAAGGUUUAUGUGACGGAGAAUGUGCAGCAUUGGACAGCCGACAAGAGCGUUCAUCGGCUGCAGCCUGCGAAGAAGGUGCUGCUGUUUGAAAAACGGGCGGACUCGUCCAGCGUUAGCACGUAUCCCGGCAGCUCCAUGCGUGUUACCGCAGGAGGAGGUAUCGACUGGGACCAGCGCGCUGCGGCCGCUUCAGGACAGGAGAUCGUGGAUCGUAAUCGGACAAAUCUACUGGGAAACUUGUCCAACGACUCCGGUGUCGGUCCUACCGAGAUGGAGUUCAAUGUGCAGCUCCCGAGCUGUCACGAGAUGAAAGGCCGCGAUGAAGCCCAGCGCCUGAACUUUGAUACCACAUACGAAAACAUCCAGAUUAACCACUGGAUCAAGAUCGUUCUCCGCCUGUCUAAGGUUGACGAAAGAGACCCUACAAAACGGAGACACUUCGAAAUCUCCAUCGACUCACCCUUCCACAUUCUCUCCUGCAAGGCCACCCAGGCCAACAUCUAUCUCCCAGCCUACACCCGACCCGCCGAAGAGCCUGUGCCUCCCGCCCAGGAAUUCGAAUGUGGCUGUCCAGGAGCACCCCUCGCCCCCCGCGAGCCCGUCAUAAGUCCGGCCGGCUCGGACCGCGAAGACAGCAAUCCCAACCUUGCCAACGUCUCGCGCCGCAGCUCAACGGGUCAUACUUUCUCGCGCAGCUUCACCAACAGCUCGGGCGGUCUGGCUCGGCCCCCACAGGCACACUUCGCAACGCCAAACGAUCGCACCACACCCACACAUGCUGCACCUGCAGUUGCACCCGUACCGCCCCGUCCCAUGCACCUUCUCCGCGCCCCGUCAUACGCCCCGCCCGCCUUUGAGGAUGUGCCUCCCGCACCGCCUCUCAUGACCCCACCCCCAGAAUACGCGACGAUCGUUGGCGACGAUCGCGAAGCUGUUCUCGAGGACUAUUUCUCCAGACUUUCGUUCUACGAAGAAAACGAUGACGAUGACCGUGGUCGGGGCCGCGUUGAUGUUCCUCUCACGCCUGGCGGUCGUGUCAAUCGCAGCAUGGACGUACCCCGCGAGUGGGUGCGUAUCGAAGACUACUUCCAAUGA